AUGUCCUCGUCCAAUCCAGUGGCAAAGGCACCUUGCUCAAAGGAGCUCGAGAGAGACUGGUGGCCGCUCGAGUCCAGUCCUGACGUGCUCACCAAGUUCGCUCGUCACUGGGAUCUUCCCAACGAGUACGAGUUUGUGGACGUCCUGGGCCUUGACCCAGAGCUGCUCAGUCUCGUCUCUCGGCCGGUGCAUGCAGUCGUCUUCUUGUUCCCGGACACGCCAACCAUCGUUGAUCACCGCACCAAGGAAGGCCCGGGCACCCCGGCCGCCAGGGGCCAGGAGCCCCUGUGGAUUCCGCAGGUUGGCGUCGCACUUGAUCCCGAUCGUCGCACGGCGCUGCUGGCCGCUUCACCACUGAUCAAGCCGGCGCACAUGGCUGUGGUUGCUGCCGGUGAUUCCCAGGUUCGCGAGUCGGAUUGGGAGGACGCCGACCACUUCCUGGCUUUCGUGCGCCACAACGGCCGAGUCUGGGAGAUGGACGGGAACACGCCACGCACCGGUCCGCUGGACCGAGGACCGGCCAGCAACGACCUUCUCGAGGACGCUGCGCGCAUUAUACGAGACGUGUACAUUCCCCGGGCGGAGGGUAGCGUGCACUUUUCCACGAUAGCUCUGGUUGGGCCGGAAAGUGGCGCCGGGGCCUCUGGGGAUGUCUAG